AUGAACAAAGUGUUUUCAAGCACCAACAUUUCCUAGUCCCAAAAACAAUAUCCCUCCUUUGUCGCUUCUUCCUCGUCUCUUCUUCCACGUAACUCUUAACUAAUUAACCAACAUGGAAUCAUACCCCAAAAAUACAAUCAAGUUCCUCUUUAGCUACGGCGGAAAAAUCCUCCCCCGCCUCACCGACGGCAAGCUCCGCUACACCGGUGGCCACACCCGAGUCCUCGCUCUCCCUCCACCCAUUUCUUUCUCAGAGUUGAUGGUGAAGCUAGUUGAAUUAUGUGGUUCAUCAGUCACACUGAAAUGUCCAUUACCAAACGGAGAUUUAGAGACAUUGAUUUCAAUCACCAGCGAUGAAGAUCUGAAAAAUAUAAUUGAAGAAUACGAUCGAGCUUCUUCAUCAUUAAUUCAUCCAUUGAAGAUCAGAGCCAUUCUUUCACCGCCCAAAUCAUUCAAGAAAUUAUCUCCUCCUCCGUCUUCUUCGUCCAGCUCAACUCACUCUCUGCCUGGUUCGCCUCAUGCCUUCGUGGAAUCACCGUCGUAUGUGGCUGUGAAUCGGCUUAACCGUCUGAAAGGUAGCUGUUACACAAGGCAAUUAGAUGGAAGCCCUAGAUUCCUUUACCGGUUCGCAAAUAAUUAUUGUCAUUGAGGCAAAGUUAUGUUGGAGAUUUUUGUUUCUUCUAAAGAGCCUGUCCUAUGCGUUAGAGAAGUGAGAAAUUGCAGUUUCCACCUCCAGCCAUAUCAAAUGUCUAUCUAGUCUUUUAUCAUUUGAGUUGUGUUUACGAGAUUCAGAGAGUCGGGUGUAAAUAGCAAAUAGAUAAUAGUUGAUGAUGAUGAAAAAUAUCAAAGAUUGGCACUCAAUCUGUAGUAGGGUGUAAAUGGCAAAAACAGAUUUGAAAUAGAGCUUGAGCUUCUUUUUUUCCCUGCUCGAGCUUUUGUUUUUUGAAUCUGAUUUUUGCUCUGUUUUCUUUGUUUUUUUACUUCUAAUGUAAAAAUAUAAAAGAAUAAGAGAUUGAGCUUGAAAUUGUUCCUAAUGGGGAUCUGAA